AAUAUUAAACGCCCUAAAGUGAGCUCGUUUGCUCUGACAGCUCGCUUAAGCUAGGUGGCUAACUGGCUAGCCGAAGUGUUGUUUACCACCAUGGACAGAGAGGCGUACCGUAACUGCUGCAGCCUGGUCAAGAUCCCCAGGCAGACGUACGAGCAAUUCUGGUCGUCACAUUUUGUAGAUUACAUAGACAAGGAGCUGAGCUAUUCCAGGUUUUUCAGGAAAUACUUGCUCCCCAAUCAUCCCUGCAUGUUUUCAAGAAGGUUUACAGAGGACUGGAAUUGUAGGAAACGGUGGGUGACUGAGGAGGGGAAGCCUAAUUUCCAGAAUCUGCUGCAGGACUUUGCUGAAACACCUGUUCCUGUAGCAAACUGCAAUGCAAAGGAGUACAAUUCAAACCCUAAACAAGUGAUGCCUUUUAAAGAAUUCAUACACUACUGGAGGGAAUUCAUUCAGAAUGGCCAUUCAUCGCCUAAAGGAUGCCUCUAUCUUAAAGACUGGCAUAUGUCAAGAGACUUUCCAGAACAUAAUGUUUACGCCACACCAGUCUUCUUUUCAUCUGAUUGGCUCAACGAAUACUGGGACACUCUUGAAGUAGAUGACUACCGGUUCAUCUACAUGGGACCUAAAGGCUCAUGGACGCCGUUCCAUGCUGAUGUGUUCCGCUCAUACAGUUGGUCAGCAAACGUCUGCGGGAGGAAAAAAUGGCUUCUCUAUCCCCCAGGCCAGGAGGAGUUUUUACGAGAUACUCAUGGCAACCUUCCUUAUGACGUAACGUCUUCUGAACUUCGAGACAGAGGCCUUUUUCCACACUCAGAGGAAGCUUGUCAACCGCUUGAGAUUAUUCAAGAGGCAGGAGAAAUUAUAUUUGUGCCCAGUGGCUGGCACCAUCAAGUUUAUAAUCUGGAGGACACAAUCUCCAUUAAUCACAACUGGUUGAAUGGCUGCAACAUUGACAUCAUGUGGCAAUUCCUUCAGAAUGAACUGUCCUCUGUUCAAAAAGAGAUAGACGAGUGGAGAAACACAAUGGAUUCAUGGCAUCAGCACUGUCAGGUCAUUAUGAAGGCUUGCUCUGGUAUUGACUAUGGGGAAUUUGCCUCUUUUCUGAAAAUCAUUGCAGACAACCGAAUGGCGUUCCUAAAUGCAUGUUCCUCUGGAGACUCCUCUGAUUACCCCCAGCAUCUCUCAGAGACCCUCACCACACUUGGACCUUACCAUGCUGCAUUUGAUCUACAGAGAGUGGCUAACAUAAUUGAAUGUCUCCUCUGUAAUGAAGACUUUAAGCGGCUUGACCAUUCAACGCUGACUUUGCAGCCCGAAUCGAUGUUACAACAAAUCCAAGACACCAUACAAUCCACCAGAGGGCAGCAUCUCCUUUAUCAAGAAUAAAUUCUUAAAGGCCAUGGCUUGCGGAGAGGAGUGCCAAAUUGUUAGAUGCAAAAAAGUUCUUGAUGAGGUGUCGCUUCUGGUUUGAGUUGACUUACAGUUUCAAAUAUUGCUUGUGAAUGUCUGAAAUUUGUUUUGCACUUAGGCUAAUAUGGCUGAAUAAAAAAAAUGAUUGAGUUUC